GCCUCUAAUCGCACCAGCAGAUCGAGGGAGAGGAUGGCGGCGUGCUUUGAGAGGUCAUCGCCAGCACUGAAGGAGAUUCUGCUAAAAAUAUAUCGAGCUGAAACGCCUAUCGAGAUUGAUCAUCAUCUGCACGAAUUUGGCUCGGUGGAAUACCAUAUUCAGCAUUCUGCAUCAGCUCCAGACUAUGUCUACAUAUCAUUAUCAACACCAAUCCUGUCUCUAGCGUUCCUACUCACAUCCCGACUCUCACGCUACACUAUGGAGAUGGUAAAGGGCAUUAGUCCAAACGUCGUGGACGUUGUUGAUCCUCCAAAUGCAGGAUAUCAGCUCACUUUAAGGCUUGAUUUUACCAGAAUCCCAAAAGGGAAAGACUCGAUGAAAACCAUCACAGCAAUCUCCUCAGUUCAGGCUGUGAUUUUGAGCUCUCAGCUGAAAGAAAUGUUGGUGAAUGUCAACUCACAAGAUGUGUCUCAAGGGAUGUACAAACCAAUCAAGCUUGUCUACCACCCAAGAGAGCCUUUCUAUGUCAUAAAAUCACCGGAGAAGAUCACUGCAGUGUUCCCAAUGCGGUUCAGAGACAAAAUAGAUGUGGUUAUAGCAACAUCAUUCUUUCAGGAACUCAUGGAUGCAGCAAAUACAGAAGCCUGUUGUGCUAAGGCACCCCAUUGCACCUGGUCUGCUAUUCCCCCUCCUGAGCUAAGAGGAGAAGCAAUUGAAGAUUUGAGCACAAAUGGAGGGUUUGUUUCUUUCGAUAUAACGUCGCGAAAUGUUGAAGGCAAAAGACUAGAUAAGACUGUGUGGAACCUCCUAAACUUCUAUGCAUUUGUCAAGUAUCAUGUCAAGAGCACCCGAGGCUUCAUACAGCGAAAAAUGAGAACGCGAAUGCAGAAUUUGGUUGAGGUCCUGCAGAAAACAGGCAUCCAAGAAGAUGAUAGGAUCAAGAAGGGUGUUCAAGGACGUAAUAAUCACAUGAAGAGACUGAGAAUCAUCUUCUCAUCAAAACUCAAAGUGUGCAGUAGACAAAGAUAUGAUGUUGUGAGUAAGAUGAAGAGAAUGCGUUCAAGAAUAAAGAUCCAUUGGUUUAGCCGCUUUCGCCGCCGUUGGCUCACAAUCCCCACAUUUUCCUCCCUCACAAAAUAUGAGAAACUCAACUAAGCUAGCACUAUAUUACAUCAUUUGCAUCAUCUCAUUCAUUAUUCAAUGUUGGUAAUACUUACAUUUCCAAGAAUCCAAAAAAAAUUGUAUUCAUCAUUUUAUGUGGAUAGAAACUAUGUAUAAAUAAAGAUGAUUACUUUCUUCAAGAAUGGCAAAAAUCAUUUGUACCCGGACCAAGAAAAUAACAAAGGAUU